AUGCCGGGGCCUACAACUCAGCAAAUUUGCACCACCGUCCCUACCGUUGAGGGUUUGAGAGAACUAUUAUUCUCCUACGUUACCAUGCCGACUCAUUGGCAGCAGAUUUGCAUCACUGUCCCUACCGCUGAGGGUUUAAGACGAGGCGCAGAAAUGUUCCAUCGCGAGAUAGUCACCAAUUGCAUCACUGUCCCUACGGUUGAGGGUUUAAGACAAGGCGCAGAAAUGUUCCAUCGCGAGAUAGUCCUCAAACACCCAUUCCUGUUGGCAAGCGGACUUGUUCUCCUGGCUUACAACCCCAAAUCUCCCUUUGCGGUAGUAUACUAUGUUGUCUACGGCAUUCCUAAAGCCAUAAUUGUGGGCCUGCUGCACUGCUUGGGCUUUGGACGUUCAUACGCUGCGGGAUACCAAUCUCGAGUUUACAAAGGGAUAAUUCCAAGGUCCAGCACUUUUUCUGCUUCUCAAUCGUCCGGAGCUCGCGGAGGCACUUUCAGCAAGUUCUGGUUACUCGUGGGCUUGGGGUUUGGUAUAAGUAGUCUUUGUUUUGCCGUGGGAUGGGGUUUUAUGGUUACUUUAAUGAUUGUGUACGAAGCUUUGGUGGCGAGUAGUUGCAAUGAACACGCUAUGAAUCGGUUUUUGGAGUCUUCUGUUCAAGUUGGUUCAAUUUACGUGACGGUGCAAAUAGAUGCAAGCGCGUUGGUCAUGUGUUGGUCAUGUGCUCCAGUUGUGGCACUGUCAAAGUCGGACUGCCUCCUCACGAAUUACAGCUCCACCGUCGACAUGGAUCCAAGCUCAAGUACGGCGGCCGCGCACAACUCCAGAGGACCACGUAUCGCUGAAAAAGAAAAGGGGGACAGAAACAAUGUACGAACUCUAUCGCUCAAUCUCAUCGAAGCACGCGAUAUAAAGAAAAGUGAAGCGAUCCCUUUCUUCAGCGCCAAGUUUUGGGAGCUGAUACUUGAGCUGCUUAGGUAUCACCAUAUGAAAGACAAGUAUGACCAAGCGAAGAUGAUACGCGAUAAACAUCAACGCGAUUUGGAAGCUGCAAAUGCAAAAAUGAAGAGGCUACAAGCUGAGAACGAGUACGUCGUUGACUUCGAUCAACCAUCGGCCAGCGAAGCUCAGUUGUGCCAGGCUUCUCAUAGAUGCAAUGCUCCUGGCCGAUCGAGGCUUGCUUGA